CCUCAAGGGUUCCUGAGUGUAGAGUCUGAGACUUGUUCUGAGGCUCAGGCUUCAGGAGGAUAGAGUGAAGACCUGGGAUCAGAUAGGUAAAGGUGAGGGCUGAGGGAGGACCAAGGAAGCCCUACCACAGAAAAAGGAUCCCAGAACAUUCUAAAAAACCCUCUGCUGCCUACCCUCUGAAUGUGCAGAAUCUCCAGAACAACCUCUUUCACCACUCUGGGACCUGAAAGGAAAGCAGAGUCUUGUUCUGAGGUCCCUGCUUCAGGUGGAAGCAACAUAGAAGAUCAGGGUCAGGACAUUAUUCUCAGGAGUUCCAGGAGCCAGGUGGUGAAGUUCUUCCUGUGAGGCAGUGUCCCUAGGUCACACAAUAGAGGAGGCCCAAGAGUCAAGGUCAUCGUGAUGCCCCACGGCAGAAGAGCCAAGACAGAAAGCUAGGGGGAGUCCAUCCUGCCCAAAGAAGCACAGUCAUCAUGAGUGUGCCAGUUCUCAAGGAUGUGGAGGAGGAAGCAGCAGCCACUGCUUCCUCUGCAUGUUCUACCUCCUAUUCUAUAAUCAGUCCCACACCAAAACAAGAGCUAGAGCUUUGGAUACUAAGUUAUCUUCAAAGUUGUGAGGGCAUCCUCUCUCCCCCGACUGCCAUGGCUUCUACACCAGGUAGUCAUUUCAGUGAGAGCUCCAACACACAAAAAGCAGAGGGUUCAAGCCCUUCGCAAGCCACGAACUUCCCCCAGAUCCUGUGCAGUGUACUCCUAAAUGAGAAGUUACGUAACCUGGUGCCCUUUCUGGUCCGCAAGUAUCAAAAGAAGGAGCAGACCACCAUGGAAGAAAUGCUGCACAUUGUGUCCCAUGAUUACUGUGAGCACUUCCUUCUUAACUAUAAGAAAUUCUGUGAGUCCCUGUCUCUGGGCUUAGGUAUCGAGAUAAGGUUAGUGGAUCCCUCUGAGUACAUCUAUGACCUUGUGCCCAUCUUGGGCCUCACUUACAAUGGCAUACUGGAUGAUGAUGAACAGAUCAUUCCCAAAGUUGACCUCCUGAUAUAUAUCUUGAGUGUAAUCUUCAUAAAUGGCAAUAGUGUCAGUGUGGAAGAACUAAGGAAACAAGUUAGAAGUUGGGAGAUAUUAGUUCUGAGGGAACGAGUUGUUAUUGGGGAUCCCUGGAAGUUUAUCACAGAGGAUUUGGUACGGGAACAGUACCUGAUGUAUAGGCAGGUUCUUAAUAGUGGUCCUGCCAGCUAUGAGUUCCUGUGGGGUCCAAGAGCCCACACUGAAACCACCCAGAUGAAAGUUCUGGAGCAUGUGGCCAAGCUUAACAACACAGAUCCCAGGUCUUACCCACAUCUAUAUGAGUGGGCUUUGAGAGAGGAAAACACUAUAGUCAGGGUCCCUGAGAGGCAAGAUGUGUGAAAGAGACAGGGGCAGGCAGCGUUCCGCAACCACUUCACUGGCUUAGUCCCCACUGCAUGUGAAAUGAGCCCCAUUCUCAGCCUGUGUUUGUGAAGAGCAGCAAUUUUGUAAGCAGUGAAGGGCCGGGGAAGGGGGUAAAAUACCGUGCACAGCAUCUUGCUGUCUCUUCUAUUUGGGUUCCUUGGAAAUGGACAGGGCUUUUCUUUAUGGCUUUUUGAAGUAUUGUUCUUUUUUUGGGAGACUGAAGUAGCUUCCAAAUUUAUUUGAAAAAUGGUAUUGAUCUCCCAUGUAUUUUUAGUUUUGUGAUGUUGAUGUCUGUGUUUUCUGACGGGAAUGUGACUUUGUGUGACACUGAUCACAAACGGAGUGCCUUUUCCAUUCAAAUGUAACAGUCUUUCCUCCUUUAUCAUACCAACAGAAAAACUAUUCAACUUAUUUAUGAUAAAAUGGGAGUGGAAUAGGAAUUUCCUUAGAAAUUGUAAGUUUACAUCAAGUUAGAGGGGCCCUAGAAAAAGUGAUAAGGAUGCAAAUCAAAUAUUGGCUGCUGCUUAUUUCUUUUCCCCUGUUGAUCUACACUAUUAAACUUAUAUUUGUUGCAUA